AUGAUUGAAGACAUCCUUGAGAAGACGACAUUCAGUCGGGCCUCGCUAUGGCUUCUAGGGCUAUUCGUUGCAUUCUGCGUAUUCCGCAAAUUCCAAGCUUCAGCACAAAUCGCCCGUCUCGGUCUCAGAGCCCCCAAAAUUGAGUUCCGUCUCCCAUACGCUCUUGACUUCAUGUUCCAAGACUACCAAGCCAAUCAAGUCAACGGCCUCAUAGAAUUCUGGGAUGCAAAGAUCAGGCAAGCAGGCGGCCUAACAAAUGUGAAGACAGCCGAACUCGAUGCUGGAAUUUCCACCCGAACAAUCAUCACCAAGGACCCAGAAAAUAUCAAGGCACUCCUCACCCGCCAGUUCGCUGACUACGGUAAGGGUGAGUCCUCCCAUCAGGAGUGGAAGGAGUUCCUCGGCGACAGCAUCUUUAUCACAGACGGGGAACUAUGGUCUCGCUCCCGCCAGCUCAUUCGUCCCAUGUUUGUGCGUGACCGCAUUGUCGACACAGAAAUCUUCGAGAAACAUGUUCAGAAACUCAUCCCACUUCUCGGCGGUAGUGACUCUCCCAGCAGCAGCAAGGUAGUAGACGUCGGGUCGCUCUUCUUCCGAUAUACCCUCGAUGCAGCAACAGACUACCUGCUCGGCAAUGGUACAGACAGUCUAGAUAAUCCGGCAACACGAGUCUUUAGUUUCGCCAUGUCACGCACCGAAUUCCGCGAGAACCUCAAGAUCAUGGACGAGUUUAUCCAGCCAUACAUCCAAACCGAGACCUUCCUCGACGCCCUAGCCAGGUUCACCCGCGAUCCCCGCGUCCUCCGUGACCAACUCGUCGCCAUUCUCCUCGCAGGUCGUGAUACAACAGCCGGCACACUAUCCUUUUGUCUCUUCGAGCUUUCGCGCAACCCAGAAGUGGUCGCCAAGCUGCGCAACGAGAUUCGCGACAGACUUGGCGUCGGCGCCAGUGCCCAGAAACACAGCUACACCGAUCUUAAGGAAAUGAAGUACCUCAAUGCAGUGCUGCACGAGACCAUGCGUUUAUAUCCAGUCGUGCCAUUCAACGUGCGCCACUCUCUGCGCGAUACGACGCUCCCACGUGGCGGUGGGCCGGAUGGACUAGCGCCUGUGGGUGUGCGCGCAAACACGCGGGUCAUCUACUCGACGCUGUUGAUGCAGCGGGGCCCUGAUCUAUAUGACGGCCCGGGAUCGGAGAAAUACUUCAAUCCCGGGGAGUGGAUUCCUGAACGGUGGGUUUCCGGCUGGCAGCCCAGGCCGUGGCAUUUUAUUCCGUUUAAUGGGGGACCGCGGAUUUGUAUUGGGCAGCAGUUCGCUAUCAUUGAAAUGGGAUACACUGUUAUUCGGAUUUUGCAGGCUUAUGAGCGCAUUAUUGCGCUGUCGGUUGGUGGGAAGGAUAAAGUCGAAGAUCCAGAGCUUCAGUUCGAAGUUACACUUAGCCCUGGCUCCGAGUUGAAUUGCGUUUUCCUCAAGGAGGGUGAAUAG